GACAUGUAACCUUUAUGCAUUAAAAUCAUAGAAGUGUUGUCAAAAUCAAAAUUGAAACGAUAUUUUUGUUUUUAGGAUUUGUCUGCCUUAAUUGCAUUUAACUUAAUCGUUUAAUUAAAUUACAAAGAAGCAGUGCGCAAUGAAAUAACGUUUGUGAGUGAAUUUUAUGGGCAUUUUGUGUUUAUUAAAGUACGUGGUAUGUGGCCAAGUUGGCAUGUCAGAUUCAUGUCUAGAGUCAAAUCAAGAGUUAAAGUAUUUAAAAGUCCACAGCGAUAACGAUGCUGCAGAAGGCAAAGGAGCUGAUACCGAUUUCGAACAAUCUAUCAGUUUGGAAAGGAACCUCCAAAAGAAAGAUAAACAAACAACGUUACACAAGUGGGCCUUCAAGAUGCUACACAUUAUCAAAGAACUGGCUAUAAUGCUUCUAGCAGUUGUAACAUAUGCUGCUCUUACCAACAAUUCACCAAAGAUUUCAAAGAGUCCGUCUGCAUUUCCUUUCUUUCCUAAAGAUUCUCUUGUGAUUGACUACUACAAAGGAGAACUUGUCUCUGCAAAUGAGAGGGCACACAAUGCUGACUUUUCAUUUGUAAUGUUCUACGCUCCAUGGAGUGCCGAAUGCAGAAAAACACGAGAUGAGUUUGAAAUUGUGGCCAAACAUUUUCAUAAACAUGUAGAAAUGUCUGCAGUCAACUGCUGGCAACCAGGCAGUGAAUGUAGAAGACAGUAUAGUAAGGUUUAUAACUGGCCAGUUCUCAUUGCUUAUCCAACGGUGGGAAAAGGUAUUCAAUAUAAAGGUCCAAAAGCAGCACCUUACAUGAUGAGAUUUUUAAUGCAACUCAUGCAGCCUUUUGUAAGGGUAACUACAACUGAAGAAAUUGUGCAGUUAAUGGCUACACAUGAUGCUCUUGUUUUGGGAUCAGUCAAUGCUCUGCCAGGAAGUCGGGAUUUUGCUGUUUUAUAUAGUACUAUCCUCAGAUAUGCUUCACAAGACGUAACACAAAAUAUGGCCUUUGCCGUUCUAACCAUUCCUGCAAAAGACCAAAAUGGGAAUCCCUACAAGCCAAGCAUAUUUUUAUACAUGUGGAACGAAACUUUAAAAUAUCCUGACGAAAGUCCUUGGACUCCUGACAGCAUUCUCAACUGGAUAACAGACACUUUCCAAGUAAAUACUAUGUGGUUGGUGCCACCAAAGAUUAAAACCAACACUUUGUCAUUCACUCUCGAGAAUAGUCCAUCUCUUUUUUUGUUUACUCCGAGAAAUCCAAUGAAGCAAUCAAAUGACUUCUACAAUUUGUUGCAUGAAGUGGCUCUUGAGUACAACAACUGUAAGAGUCCUCGAAUGGAAAUGUUAAAAGAAAAUGUUGCCAUUGGACGAUUAGAAGACUACUUUUCACAUAAACUUCUUCUACAGAAAUGUGCAAUUAAAAAGGAGGCCCAAAUAACUUCUGCAAUCACAUUUUUACAGCAACCCAAAUGGUUAAACAGCACCGGUAUGAAAGUCUACAUGAGAGCUGAAGAAUCAUGCUCUAAAUGUGACAAUAUAAAAAGCGAUUUAUCUCUACUCUGCCAGAUAAUUAAUGAAAAUUCUUGCUCCAGAAAAACCAACGAAUGUAUAGAACAAGGAAAUUUGGGAGAAGAAUUUGUAAAAAAAUAUGAGACUUCUAUGUUGAAAGAUGAAAAUGACCCGCUGGCUCCUCGAAAUCUGCGAAAGUUUUGGAACAGGGAAAUGUGUAGAUUACUUCGAAUAACAGAAAAACUUAUUCCAAGCAUCUACACCGAUUAUGUUAAGAAUAAUUUAACAGUAAACAAUAAAAUAGAUGGAUUAUUGUGUAAAACUAACAGAACUUUAACCUUUUACGCUUUAGACAGUUUGGAAACGUACUAUUUUGCUGAACGAUUAGGCGUUAAUGUAUUUGAUAGAAAAGACAAGACUGCCGCUGUGAUUAUAGACGAUAACUCUGAAACACAUUAUGUACUUAAUGAACCAGUCAAUGAUGUGACAUUAAGAGAUUUUAUUGUAAGUUAUGCUGAUAAUACUUUACCUCGCUCAAGGAAGUCUAUUACUUCUAUUAAAUCUAACAACACACACUCUUAUCAAAUAAAAACUUUUUGUGAUAAGCAGAAAGAGGUCUGUGUUAAAGAAUUAGAUAGUGACUCGUUUUUACCUACAAUUGCCCAACGAGAUAAGGCUGUAGUAGUAAUGUACCAUUCCAAGCAGUGUUCUUUUUGUAAUGGAAUUUCAUAUAUUUUUCUUAUUGUGGCAAAAAUUCUUGCCCCCCUUGAAAUCGUCGAGUUUGCUAGAAUCGAUGGCGACAUUAACAUUCUACCAUGGGAGUAUACCAUGAAUUCAUUUCCUACCAUAAUUUAUUUUCCUGACAAAAUGAAAUCUGAAAGCAGGACGUUUCCUUGCAACGUCCUCCCUGUAACUGUUCCAAACUUGUUGGCAUUUCUCUUGAGCAAUUUCAACCCUCGAUUAAAGCUUCACACCAUGUGGAUACUUUGCAAUCAAACUCGGUUUGAAGAUGAAAGAAAUUCGUGCAUAUCGUCUGUUAGAUCAGAAAAUUUAUCUUUAAUAAAUCACACAUUAAAAGAGUGGAGAAAGGCAGAUGCUAGACAAAGAGCAGAGCUAAUGUACAGGCUACAACAAAUGCGAAAUCUCCACUUACUAUUGGCCCAUUCCCCUCAAAGAACAGAAGAUAUCAAAGUCUAUUUGAAACGUCUCAAUUCUCAAGCAUUCAAUUCUAAAUACAAUUCACUUUUCGACCAAAAGGAAAAGAUAACAAAAGAUUACUGAUAACGGACUGAAAGCACAAAAGUCAGUCUACAAAUCUACAUGGUGUCUUUGAUAAUAAUCUUCGUCUUGAGUGGUUAAUACUCAUACAUUUUGCUGUUCCCAUAAAUAUGAAACACUCUGUGUAUAUUUUUUGUCACUAUACAUGUUAUAAAAGAGUAUAUUAAGAAUA